GUGAUUUCCUUCCGCGUUAACUUCCACCUGUUUCGACAUGUUUUACCACUGAGAAAAGUAUACUGGGGAACUCCCAUAAAUUAGACAGUGGGCCGAUUCCUUUACAUGUUGAGAUGAUGACUAUAGUAAGAGAAAUGGGGAAAUGAUUCUGAUUGCGUUCGUCUACUUUUUAAUGAGUUUGGCAGCGGAGGCACGACCCAAGGUGAAAUGAAAGACAGGCUGAGUGAAUUGCAAGGGUUCCCCUCCAAGCCUUCAGAAGCUGAGGAGGGCAGGCCCGAUGAGGACGAUGGCGAGCUGGAGCAGCACGCCAUGGUGUUCCAGGGAGAGGACCUCAUGGACAGCACUUUCAAGGAGGCCCAGUCGCUGCGGAAGGAGAUCACCCUGCUCAGACUGGACGUGAAACGUCUGGGGAAGCAGAACACUCGCUUCCUCACUUCGGUCCGACGGAUCAGCAGCAUUAAGCGAGACUCCAACGCCAUCGCCCGAGACAUCAAGGCCAGAGGGGAGGUUGUCUACGCUCGCCUGGAGAAGCUAUGCAAGCAGUGUAAGGACCUGGAGGACGAGCAUGGGGUCCAUGCGGCGCUGGUGCGGAUAGUGCGCUACCAGUAUGUCUCCAUUACCAACGUCUUCCACGAAGCCAUGUCGGAGUACAACGAGGCCGAGAUGGCCCAGAAGGAGAACUGCAAGACCCGUAUUCAGAGACAGGCAGAGAUCAUGGGGAAAGACCUGACAGGGGACCAGAUCGAGGAGAUGAUCGAGACGGGGAAGUGGAACGUGUACUCGGAAAACCUCCUGACGGAUGCCCGCACUGCCCGCUCGGCUCUUGCCGAGAUUCAGAACCGUCACAAAGAACUGGUGGAGCUGGAGAGCCGCAUCAAGGACAUUCAUGAACUGUUCUUCCAGAUGGCCCUGCUGGUGGAGGAGCAGGGAGCCAUGCUGGAUAACAUAGAGAAGAACGUGCUGGAGACACAGGACUAUGUGGAAAAAGCCACUACACAGAUCAAGAAAGCUGUGAAGUACAAGAAGAGCAACCCCUGCAAGCGCCUGUUCUGCUGUUGUUUUCCUUGCUGCAACUAGCCAGACAAAUAUCAGUGUUAGCGUAUCUACAUUGGAGAUCCAAACCAUUUCUUUCUUAGAGUGUUUUUUUCUGCCAUGAAUAUGUUCUUUAAAGGGGUUGAACUCUGACAGGGCUGAAAACUAGCUUGAUGCAUGUUGACUUACCAUGCAACAUGCAGUUUGAUGCCUUGCUUUCCGGUUUUGCACAAGACAGUGUAUGUAAUUGAGCAAGGCCUUUGCAUUGAUGGUUCAUUUCAAUAUCAGACCACAGCCCCAGCCAUGCAAAUACAACAGUGUGAUAUAAGAUGUCAAUUUUAUAUGAGAAGCAGAAAACAUUUGCAUAAUGCUUGCAGUAAAAACUAGAGCAUUGUAGCACAAUGUUUUAUAUUAUCCUUACAUUAUUUUACAUUUGUAAUGUGUGUGUGAUUUAAUGUUCUGAAAUUAAAUAGCUUAUAAUAAUAUAAUAAAAUGAUAUAUCUAUCUAUCCUACUGUGUUUAAUUAUCAGUGAGGACGUCUAUAGUUUGUUUUUACAUGAAUUCAAAAGAGAAGUGA